UGGCAGGAGGCAACUGUCCUUGCAAAUUCAGUCAGCCAAGUGUCUAGGACAUCGGAAGAACUGAGAAAAAGUACAGGGACUUAAGGAGUCAAGUGAAGACAAAGGCAGCAGCAGAACGUCAUGCUGCAGGCACUGGUGGGGGACCUCCAGACGAAACCUGCUACACUGAUACUGAGCUGGUAGUCCUAUGAAUGCUGUCUCCUACAGCAAUUGUAGGGCUACCAAUGCCAGAAAGCCAGGAUGUCACUUUGCGAGUGUCUGGCCCCCUGCAAGGCCCAAAGCCAUCCACCAGCAAUGGUGGUGGAAUUAUCCAACUAUCAUCUACUGGUGUUGCUGGGACCUCUGGAUGUAGUGGUGCUGCAGGGGCAUCAUCUUAAGUCCUCAACCUUGAUGAUGACACAGCUUUUAAGGUCAUCUAUGUUCCAGAUGACGUCACCCAAUGCUCCCAGGAUUCAGAUGAUAGGCAGCCACCUGCAGCUCUGCAGGUGCUUUCACUUCUGCAGUCAAAUGGCGCUCCCCAGCCAGCUACAGCUCCCCAUUCAGCUGACGCUCCCCAGCCACCUACAGCUCGCCAGUCAGCUGCCACUCCCCAGCCAUCUGCCUUUCCCUGUCCACCUGCAGCUCCCCAGCCAUCACCACCACCAGCUGCCCAGCAAAGAAGGCACACAACUCCAGGUCGUUGCUCAGAGCUUGAGCUUCUCCUUCAAGCCAUGUAGACACAGUGGGACAUGCAGCACAGCCUGGACAUGCUGGUUAUGGUGCAGCAGGAACAAGGGGAAGCUCUAAGGCAGGGAGUGCAGGCUUUGCAGCAG